CUCAGAUAAAGACAUCCUCUUCAGUACUCAGGAGAAUCCAUUGAUUCGGGUGAAGAGGUUGUUAUUUGAAAAUCUCUCCAUUCACCUGUGGCUGAAGAGCUUCUCAGCAUCGGAAGAAAAUGAGUAAAAGCUAUAGAAGGAAACAUCCUAAAAUGACUGUGCAUGAUGCAGGUGGGCUGAAAAAUUUCUGGGAGAAAAAGAUUGAACACCAUGCAAAGCAAGUGCAAAAUGAAAACUCUCGAAUAAGCAGGAGUGCCCUGGAUAAGCUCCGCUGUGAAUGGGCUCAGAGACUGGAAAGGAGACUCAAGAUGCUCCAGCAGCCCGAGGAAGGACCCAAGAAGUCAUCGCUACUCCCAAUCGAAUCUUUCCCCCUUGUCGACAAAACAGUAGCCUAA